AUGGAGAACCCAAAAAAGGAACAACUACAUCCGAGGGUUUUGGCAUCGCGCGAGAUUGCACGUGUCAUUUGGUCACCUUUGUGGACUUCGAAUCGAAAAAAGCGAAUCGAUGACAUUUUAUACGAUUAUCACUUCUUUUUUGGCACAAUGUUGGAUGAUGAGAGUUUACAAACUCAGCUACUGGUCGAAGAAGGUUGGUUUUUGUUUUAUUUUAGUUUUUUUGUGGUUUUUGAUAAGGUUGUAAGGGUUGGACAGGUUUUUAAAAGCUUGGAGAAAUUAGCGGGAAAAUUGAAAUUUGAAAAGUUUAAGGCUCAGAUUUUGAGCUGUAAUUUCAAGUGGUCAAUAAGUAACGUAUGAGUGACAGUUCUGUCAGUUUUUAGAUGAAUAGACAAAUUUUGAAAUGAGCUACGAAUUUUUGUAGGUAUAGAGGCCUAUUUGGCAGGAAAAUUUAAUUUUGAAAUUUUGAAAGUGCAUAUUUUAAUCUGACACUUUAGGUGGUCAAUAAGUAGAGUAUGAAUGGACGUUAAGUAAAUUUUUAGACAAAUUGACUAAUUUUGGUUGAAGCUAUGAAUUUUUGUAGGUAUAGAGGCUCAUUUGGCGGGAAAAUUGAAAUUUGAAAAGUUUAAAGCGCAGAUUUUAAAAUAAAACUUUAGAUAGUCAAACAGAAAGGUAUUAGUUAGUUUUUUGGCGAUUUUCAAAGAAGUAGACUAAUUUUGGCAUGAAUUAUGAAUUUUUGUAGGUAUAGAGGUCCACUUGGCGGGAAAAGUGAAAUUUAAAAACUUAAAGUGCAGAUUUUGAACUAAAUUGUUUUGUAGGUAAUAAAUACAGUAUACGUGUCUUUUUUGCAAAUUUUUAUAUAAAUUCAGCAAAUACUUAUAAAGUUAUGGCACUUUGAAGGUAUAGGUAUCAUGGAUAACAUAAUAUUUUUUAAUUUUUUUAUUUCAAAAUUUUAAAUUUUAUAAAAAUUUUGAUUUUAGGAGAAGCAUUUUUGAUAACAGCACCAAGGGAUGUGGGUUAUGAAAAGUAUGGUACUCAUCGAAAAUGGCAAUUGGUCUUUUUGGCCAACAGUGAAACUAUUAUCAAAGCUCAAGUAAGUUUUCAUUUUUUAGUUAUUUUUGCCAAAAUUUGGAAAAAAAUGGUAAAAAGGACAAUUUUUAUGUUACACUUUGUUGAAAUUACUAUUUUGGGUAACAAUAACCCUAUUACAAGCCCAUAAGCCCAGUUCCGAAACCCCUUGAGUCGUGAUCCCAUGUGGUCUAGUGGUUAGGAUUCGUGGCUUUCACCCACGCGGCCCGGGUUCGAUUCCCGGCAUGGGAAGAAGACUUUUUUUGCGCUUUUUCGAUCGCUCUUUGAUUUGAAAAGUAGUUUUCAAGUUAACAUAAUGUCUUAGUUUGCUAUAUCAUUGCUACCCCAGUCGUAUUUUACUAAAUUUUAAUUGAUUUUCUCGGUUUUUGGAUCAAUUUUUGAAUAUUUUCUAUUUUUUUCUCGUUUUUUGAUCUUAAACGAUAAAAAUGAGGUUUCUUGGAAGUUUUGUGAUCUAUAAUGUAUUACAAGAUUACAAAAAAUCAUUUUUAAACGAGAUUAUGCUAUUUUAGGUACUAUUUCUGAACAAAAAGUUUGUAAUGAUGAAGGAUCGAAAGGUGACAUUGGAACAGUUUAUGGAAGAACAACAAUUGACUGGAAUUGAACGAUUAAUGACAUUUCAACUCGAUCAGAUCAAGGUAAGGCUGGUUUUUGGUUUGGCAAUAUGGAAAAGGAUUGUACUGGCCUUAUCUUGAAAGAUUUUUGAAGAAAAAACUAAAUUUAUGGGUCUUACUACGAUUGAUUGUGAAAGUUGUGGCAUUGUGUUUUAAGAGGUUAAAAGUGGUUCUUAGGAUAUUUUAUGUGAUACUAUAUAGCUUUUACGUUUGAAAAGGCAUUUUAAUAAAAAAAAACGAAGCAAUGUUGGUCCCACCACGAUUGAUUUCAAACCUUUUGGCAUUGUGUUUUAACCUUUCAAAAUCAAACAUUCAGCUACUAUAACGACAUUUUCAGCCAAAAAUGGCACUAACACCAGCUUUAUCAUACCCAAUUGACUCAGGCUUAUUCCCAUUGGGUCGGAUCAGCAAACAAUCACUGGAAUUCGGACCAGAAAGGACCAUUCCAGUAAUGUGCAUGAAGAUAAAGCACAAAAGUCAAAAGUUUAUUCAAAAAAUCAAGGACACAGCGAAUGAAAUGCUACUGUUUGGCAAUGAGUAAGUGGCAUUUUGUGAUGUUUUUCUAAUUUUAAAAUGAUUUUUUGGAGAAAAUUUGAGAAAAAUGAUGACUUUAGAGGGUUUUAGUUACUGUAUAUGUUGUAAGAUCAAGUUUUUGAAAAAGUGUUAUUGUGUUAUGUAAAAUACGGUGCCCAGACCUUUUGGUGGUUAUUUUGUCAUAUUCUGACAUACUGUAGUUGAGUUAUGACAAAAAGUUGGAAGCACGGUAUAAAAUUUAAAGCAAUGUAGCAGAAGAAAGAAAACUGUCGUUUUUGAAGAUGUUAAAAUGAAAAUUGAGAAAAAUUUUUGAUUAUUUAUUGUAAAGUAGGGCUUUUGGUACAAAGUCAAUAAAUUUUGUCAUAUUAUGACAUACGGUAGGUGAGUUAUGACAAAAAGUUGGAAGUACGGUAUAAAAUCUAAAACUAUAGUAGAAGAAGGAAGAAAAAUGUCAUUUUAAACAUGAUAAAAGCUAACUUUAGCAAAAGCAUUUGUUAGAUAUUGUAGGGCAUGGUUUUUUGUACAAUUUCAAUUAAUUUUGUCAUAUUGUGACAUACGGUAGUUGAGUUAUGACAAAAAGUUGGAGGCACGGUAUAAAAUUUUAAAUAGUGAAAAAAAGAAAAUUUGGUCCAUGCCAAACUUUUUAUGACAUAUUUUGCAUUUUCAGGCGUAUAUGGCGUUUAUGGGGCGUAUGCGAUGUGUCACCCAACAGUUGUAUAUUGGUAAUGGAGGAUAUUGUCUAUGGAAGCUUGUCAUUCUUUGUUGGUAAACAUUGGAAUUCAGAGCAGGUAGGACGUUUCUUUGGCGUUUUUUUGGCAAUUUUAAUUUUAAAUGUACUUUAACAUUGACAUUGAUUUAGAAUUAUAAAAUUUAUGUAUUAUUUUAUUUUGCUUUAAAAUUCAAAGUUUUUAAAAUUUGUGACGCUUCGUCUACCUUUCCAAUAAUAUUUGUGACAUUUCGUUAAGUUUAAAAAUUUGAUUUAUAAAACGAUUUUAGAGUAAAAUACGUUCCUUUCGUGAUAAGGUAUUUAAUAUUGUGACAUUUUUGCUCGAUUUUUAAUAAUAUUUGUGACACUUCGUCUACUUUUCCAAUAAUUAUUUGUGACAUUUCGUUAAAGAUUUAAAAAUGAAAUUUUUUAGUAAAAUACGAGUUUUAAUUUUUAGUAAAAUACGAGUUUUUUUGUUGUUUCUUUAUAUUGUUGCAUGUUUUUUGAAUUUCCAAUAUCUUUUGUGACAUUUCGUAUACUUUCCAAUAAUAUUUGUGACAUUUCGUUAAACUUUAAUAAAUGAUUAAAAAAACAAUUUUUAGUAAAAUACGAUAAUUGCAGUGUAUUUUUUAAAAAUUUUUAAAUUUUAGUUGAUCCGCUUCUCACAUCAAACCUGUGAAGCAUUACGGUACAUUGAGAAGUACGGGUUCGUACACCACCACCUGAACCUGGACUGUCUAAUGAUAACAUAUCGCUACAAUAUCAAGCUGGCCUUUUACGGACUCACGGAUGAUGCUUUAUAUCCGGAGAGGCCGAAGGAAUAUACGGUAGAUCAGGCCAGAUGGAUACCAUGGGAGUGCUUACCGGAUUACGGUAGAAAUGGUACGGUAGGGGUGGGGAGAGUGGGGUUGGGAGGGGCUACUUUAUAUAAUUUUUUUGGGUUUGUGAAAUACGAUCGGGUCAGUUGUUGGAUCUUUAAAAGGCAAAUUUUUUUUCGAAAAAUAUUUUUUGGGUCCUACCACGAUUAAUUUUCAAGCUCUUGGCAUUGUGUUUUAAAAGCUUAAAAUGACUUUUCGUGACAUUUUUAUUGAUAUAGAACGGCUAUUACAGUAUAAAAAGUUUUAUUUUAGCCUACUUUUGAGUAAGAAGUUGUUAUUUUUGGAUCCCACCACGAUUAAAUGCAAAGCUUUUGGCAUUGUGUUUGAUAAGGUCAAACUAACUUUAAUGUCAUUCCUCAUAAUAUAAAAAUGCCUUAAGUUGUACUCCUAUGUUUUAUAAAAGAAAAAUGAUUAUUAUUGGGUCCCACCACGAUUUAUUGCAGAACGUUUGGCAUUGUGUUUCAAUGGGUUUAAAUUGUUCUUUAUUCUAUUCUAAGACGUAUACAAGCAAAAAAUUUUGUGAAUUGACAUUUUAAGCUUAACCUGAUGUAAUUCAUACUAUUUUUCAGAUAAAUCAAAUGACCUAACCCAAUCUACCGCAUCCUCAGAGAACUCGACAAUAUUACACGGCGAAGACUACACAAGCAACAGUAUGUCGUACACAUUUGGAUCACUGGUAUGGUCAAUGUGUCAUGCAGCCACAUUGCCGUUUGAAGAUCAACUCAGCGAUCAAAUAAUGUCCCGCGGCUACCGUAAACAUCAUACGGUAGAAGUGAACAAACAAUGCACUCCCAAUAAGUUGCAACAUGUAAGUAUCUAAGCCUAAGCUUACUAAGCCUAAGCCUACUAGGCCUAAGCCUACUAAGCCUACUAAGCCUACUAAGACUAAGCCUAAAUCCUAAGCCUACUAAUCCUAAGCCUACUAAGCCUAGGCCUACUAAGCCUAAGCCUACUAAUCCUAAGCCCACUAAGCCUAACCUUACUAAGCCUAAGGCUACUAAGCCUAAGCGCACUAAGCCUAAGCCUACUAAGCCUAAGCCUACUAAGCCUAAGCCUACUAAUCCUAAGCCUACUAAGCCUGAGCCCACUAAGCCUAAGCCCACUAAGCCUAACUUUACUAAGCCUAAGCCUACUAAGCCUAAGCGCACUAAGCCUAAGCCUACUAAGCCUAAGCCUAUUAAUCUAUUUUUCAGAUAAUUUUCAAAUGCUGGGCCACAAACAAGACCGACCGGCCAAGCCUGAAAGAAAUGAAGAUUCAGUUAAGGACAGCGGUCGAAAAACUAGAGUCAAGAUGA